UAGUGCUGCACAGUGCCCCCCUGUGACCGCCCGUGGCUUGCUGUAGAUUUUAGCGUCGCAUUCCCGCAGCACCGAACCGCCUUCUACGCGGAGCUAGGAACCACCGGGCGCCACAGGAGCUCCACGUUACAACCCCCUUCCCAGCACCAACCAGGCUCUCUCUUGGAGCAUCGCGAGAGCCUUCAACUGAGACAAGCAGGAGGGCUUUGCUCAUGGCUUAGCUCACGGAUGGUCAGAAAUUCUGUCACAUGCUGUCUACUGCGAGUGCACCGCCACUGUCUACAGCGACAUUUGGCCUUGUUUUGGCCACGGUUCUCCCACGUUUUUUGGUGUCUUUCUUUGUUGGCGAGUGUAAUGGAGGGUUCGUGUGCACCUUUCACAUGCCCAUGAAGCUAUUGGUGGUGCUGUCUUGCGAGACAUUGGCCUUGGAGGUGACAAUGGGAUGCGCGAGACAGUGCAUCAUGCCAAGCAGCGGAGACAAUGCUCAGUAGCUUCUAUUUUUUCCUUCUCGCCCCGUUGAACGAAUGGGCGGAGCUGCCGAAAGAUACAAUCCAAGAGUAUACAAAGCUCUGCUUACAAAACGAUGUCCAUUGUUGGCCGACUCGUGUUUUCGCGCACCGCCCACUUGGCAGAGGCAAGAGGCGACCAACCAUAUAAGGAUUUCAUCGAGAGCCAGUCAAACGCGUCCCCAUGGCCAGCCGGACCAGGAUAUUGACGGGUGAGGCGAGAGCCAGUGGCCCAGGACAGACAGGGGAGAUACAUACAAAGAAAAGGGAAAGGGGAUGGAGGAACGGCCGGAUAGAAGCCGGCGAACAUGUCAACGCCCCCCGACCAGGUUCGGUGAAAUGGACCAAUGCAAUAGCACCACGCGACCCCUCCAGGGCUACGAGUCGACGAGACGAAAUGAGCACGACGAACCAGCCAUGACUGUACCGUCGAUGCACGACAUCGAGUGGCUGUCGUCUUCCCAGUGGCCUUCUGACCUGUGGUGGAGUCAGCGCCAUCCUCUGGUGAAGCGCUAACAAACCACAGCCCAUGCAUCUUCUGCACGCCGACUGGUCCGUUUUUCUGGCAAGCUGACCUAUCAUCGCCCAGAGUCGACUGGUAUUCAGUCAACAAGUGUGGUGCGCUCAGCCGCCGUGACAACGCCGUUUAGGUCAACCCCCGGCGCAGGAUGGUGUAGAGGUACCCAAGACACAGGCUUAGAGUAAGGAAUCUCAGCUUAAUCUUGAGCAUUCUUUGCUGCCCGCUCUUUUUUUUUUAGGACCGUGUGAAUUUUGCCCGGGCACACGACAGGCUGCAUCGUACAAAACUGCGCCCGUGGCCCGCCUGAUCCUUCGUCUUAUUCAAGGUGACUCUCAUUUUGGGAUUCUCUCCCGGUCGCUCGUUGCCUUUUUAUUUCUUUCGUGGUCUGGUUCUUUCAUUAGUUUGUUUUGUUUCUACAACCCCCGUCUUUGACGCACGACUCUAAAACAUUUCUUUUUUUACAAAGUACAUCGGCGCCAAGGUCGCUGUGCUUUCCAGAGGUGAUCGCGUUCUCUUACAACCAAGCAUGUUGGCCAUUUAGCCACAGAAUGACGGCCGCAUCUAGCGUCGAAGCAGAUGCUUCUUCAGAGUGGUGCUGCGCGCCGAUGGGCUUUUUGCGACGCCGGAAAACUUCGCAAGUGACUGAGAAACAUGGCGAUGAUGGUUUGCUGGACGGACAACCACGCCCUAUCCCAAGGCGUUCCUCUGAAGGAACAGGCGACACGACUUGGAAAACUACAACAACAAUGGCAUCAGCUCGCAGAAGUUUCUCCAGGGUUCGCCGAAAAUCCAAGGCUUCGUCUCGACGACCUAACAUAUCUGCGCCUACCAACUUUCGCCAUGUUAGUUCCGCAUCGCACAUGAUGGCCAACUAUCCCUCGUUCCAACCGAAUCGGCGUCCUCCACUGGCAGACAGUCCCCCGGGACCGUUUCAGCUCAACAUGUUUUCUUCGGACAUGCAUAUGUCACCUAUUUUACCCAACUUCGAAUUGCCCGGCCCGGUGCCGUCACCACCUCCAGCCUAUGUCACCAGCGAAUUAAGUCAGGAGUAUCCAUUUGUACGACAACGGAGUUUCUCUACCAUUUCAUUUCAUGUUCCUCGAAAGGCAGUUCCAGAGAACGCAGAAACUGUGAGAUCCGAGUCACCCGCGUCUCCUCCUCUCCGCCCCAGCAACUCCAGACAGCGGUCGUAUACGGCAUCUGAGCUCGAAGCCCAGAAAGAGCGAAUCGCCAGCUCCAUGAUUGAAGUAGAAAAGCUUCAACAGCAAAUCGACGAUGUCGUAGAACGACAAAGUCUUUAUUCAAGCCGGCGCUCAAGUGUAUAUUCAUUGGCUAGAACAGUGCCUGAUUUAGAACCGAUGCCAUCCAUCCCGGCCCUUCCACCUGUUGCACCAUCUUUUGCUGAAAGGUUAAACACCGAUUCUGAACGGCCACGUACCGCACCACACUUCCCAAAACAAGCCGUAUAUCUAAAUCAGCCGAGGGCUGAAGUUGUUGAAGCAAUGCCACCGCCGCCUUUACCAUUGAUUCUGCGACCACCGUUGCGAAAGAAAAAGUCGUUUUCUAGAGUUUCAUCAUGGCUAUCAUCACAUAAGCGGCAAGUCAGCAUGAACUCUAUUACAAACGAACCGGUGCCUUUGAAGGAUUCGGACGGCUUCUAUCAGUGUGCUCCGGUUCUGGAUUUUGCUGAACGCCAGAGUCUUUAUUCAUCUGGUUCAUUUUCUGCUCGAUCCUCAUACUCGAUGGAGAGUCCGCCGCUUGGGGGACAUGACGAUGAAGUGACGACAACAAACGUCCGCCACUACGGCAAAAGCGCCAGUAUCAUGACAACAUCAAGCGUAGGGAUGGCUAUGUGACAACAACGCAUAUUUAUUUCCCACAACAAAACUUACGCAACAGCCACAAAUAGAGCUGUUAUCACACUUGUCUUACAUUUUCACGAACCAUCUAUCACGACUAAAGGUUAAUGGGAUCGCAGGUCCGAUCCAUUAAAAAGGGGGAAAAUUAUGGCUAUAGACGACAAUACGUUACGAAUACCCAGGAGGCAACUAGUUGAUUUAUUUUAUUGCUUGAGCUUGUUAUGAAGCGGUCCUUUAAGAAUGAAGAGGAUCUUGCUGUUGGAUGUGGUAGCGCAUAAGCUUAGACUAAUGUGUUGUCAGCCAAUAUAAAUUAUGCAUUUACAAUUGCG